AUGUCGCAGCUCACUAAGCUCGAGGAGCUGCGCCUGUCCGAGAACCAGAUCGAGGUGCUCCCUGGCUGGGUCGCAAGGAUGGUCGCGCUCAAGAUCAUCGAUCUCCGCUACAACGAGCGCCUCGUCACACUUCCCUUGGGGUUGGCGCAGCUGCCGAGGCUGGAGUGCCUCGAGCUCGGAGCCAACAAGCAGGACAAACUGAAGCGGCUGCAGGUGCUGCGGGAAUCGCGCUACGCGACGGUAGCGCAGCAGACCGAGGAGGCCGAACGGGACGCCGACCACCAGGUGUUGAUCCCGCAGGAGAUCGUCUUCCACGGAGGCAAGGAAAUCAUCUCCUGGCUCCGAGAGAUGGCCAAGGGCGAGAAGAUCGAACAUCGGUUCAAGGUGAUGGUCGUGGGCUCUCCCGGCGUGGGCAAGACCCUCCUCUCGGAGUGGCUGUUCCAGAAAACCAAAAUGGAGAACCGAAACAUCGACGCUUAUGUACCGACGCCCACGCACGGUGUGACCCGCACCUGGGCCGAGGUGCCCAACAAGCGGCACAAGUUCAAUCACACGCCCAUCGCGUGCUGCUACGAUUGUGGUGGGAAAGAGGUCAAGGAAGUAGAGUUGCUGCAGGCCCAACAGCGUUAUUUCGCCCACCUGACCGCAGUCGCCAACAACUCAUCUGAGGUGAAUGCCGACUGGACCAAUGCCCUCUUGGGCCGCAUCUUCUGGGGAAUUCACAACCAUCCCGUGUUCCUCAAGCUCAUCACCGAGAAGCUGCAGAAGAAGAUGGCCAAGCUGAAGAAGCCCAAAUUUGUGGAGUCCAUUUCGGUCACGGAUGUUGGAUUUGGACCCAACCUGCCACUGUUCAGCAACAUCAAGAUCAUCUCCGUUUCUCCUCAGGGCUCUCUGGCGUUUGACGGAGACGUUUACUACCAUGGAGGAUUCAACCUGAUGAUCGAUAUCAACCUGCGCAUUGAUCUUCCCAUUGGAGGCGUCAGUGUUGAGGUGCCCAUUCGUGCCUCAGUUGUCGUCAAGGCCUUUGCCGGCAGGGGCCACAUCCAAGUCGCUCCGCCUCCCGCCAAGCGGGCAUGGAUCGGUUUUUACGGUGAGCCGCGCGUGGACAUGGACAUCAAAAUCGAAGUCGGCAAAAACCUUUCUUUGGUGAACAUUCCUUCGAUCGCCAACAUUGUGAUCAACAAGAUCAAGCAGCAGCUGAUCAAGAAGCUGGUGCUUCCCGCAAUGGAUGACUGGCCUCUCCCUCACAUACCAUCGACCAAAACGACCACGGAGGUGCUCAACGCUGAGAAGGAUGCUGCUCACCCUGGGGCACUGCUCUCUUCUUCUGCUGAAGCCGGCAUCACUGCGUCGUCGCUCAACCAAUCCUCCAGCGCGUCAUCCCCAAUUCUCUCGCGCACGAGCACACAGCCAGAGAGAGCAACUUCCUUCUCCGGCGCCUCGUCGUCCUCACCGUUGUCCUCUUCGUCGUCUUCGAUCGCUACCAAACGUCAUUCGGUGGCCGCCAUACCCGCCCAGGGCAACACCACCACCGCGACCAAGGCGUCACAACCUAUCACAGUCCGUACCCGCACCUCACCGAGGGACAGGGGCACCGUCAAGGACUCCUCUGCGAGCAAUCCACCGCCACUGCCCUCGCGGACUCGGAGCGCGCCGACUCAGGCCUCCAACCAGCCGGCGUCGCCCAUGGUCGAGACGGGCUCCCCAGGAGCCUACAAGCCGCUCAUGACCUACCCUGCCGGCGGGCCGCCGCCUCCCGCCAAGGAGGGCGCCAGCACGAUCGCCGGCCUGCAGCUGCCGUCGUCGCCUCCGCGCGGUCAGUGGAACAGCACCGACGAGUGGUACCAGAACUCGCUGAUGGCCUUGCGCGACCGCGACGACAGCGACGAUGACAGCGACCGCGAAUCGGACAAGCGGGCCAGUGAGAAACGCGAGCGGGCCGAGAGAGAAAGGAAAGAGAAGGAACAAAGGGAAGCGGAAGAAAAGGAGAAGAAGCUCAAGGAAGGUAAGGAAAGAGAAGAGCGCGAGAAGCAGGAGAAGGAAACGAAGGAAAAGAAGGAAAAGGAAGAGCAGGAGCGACGCGAAAAGCACGAGAAGGAGGCCAAGGAGGAGAAGGAGCGACUCGAGAGAGUGCGUGCGAAGGAGGAGAAAGAUAGGCGGGAAAAGGAAAGAGAGGAGAGGGAAAAGCGUGAGCGAGAGGAAGAGGGCAAGACCGAGGCCGACUCGCCGCUCGCUGAAGAAAAGCCCACAAGAUCGAGCGAGGACAUACGCGAGAUUGAACAAUUCACCCCGAUCGAGAAGCGCGAAGAAAACAGCGACGUCGACGAGGAAAACCGACGACGUGAGUUGGAAGACAAGGAGAGGAAGGAAAGAGAGGAAAGUGCGCGGAAGGAGAAGGAAAAGAAGGAGCAAGAGAAGGAAAGGGAGAAGCUCGCCGAGCAGGAGAGGAAGGAAAGGGAGGAGAAGGAACGGCACGAGAGGGAAAGGACGGGCAUGGUGCCCAAGCACGAGGUGUUCACCGAUCCGCUCAGCUCCUCGCUCAACAGCCCCAUCGUCGACGAGAUCUUUGGUAGCGGCAGCAGCAGCGGCGAGGACUCUCCGCCGCCCAGGCGACAGGCCACGUUUGACGGCAACAUGCCCACCCCGGUCCUCCCUGACGCGCCCCAUCGACGACGUAGCGGCAGCCUCAACUUCGACGCCACCACAGGAUCGCCCGCCAAACCCCCGGCCCUGCCUCCACGAGUGCACGAGACCGCUCCCACGAGCAGUCAGCCGAAGCCAGCACAGCAACCGGCGAGCAAGUACCGAACGACGUCGCACAUGUUUGAGGACUUUGACUUCUCCUUCCCGUCUACGACGCCGCCCGCGACCGGCUCGCCGCUCGCGUCCACGUCGGCUCCUCACGCACCGGUGCCGACUCCGUCGACGUCGUCGUUCCUCGGGCUCACCACCCCGGCCGUGCCCAUGACCUCAUCGCCGCCGUCUCCCCGCCGCUCCCUGCCUCCCUCCUCCGCCUCCAACACCGACAACCUUUUCUCCUUCUCUGCUUCCACUUCGUCGGCCGCUUCAUCCUCCUCCGCCCCGUCCACCAAGCCGGGAGCCAAGAAGGGUCUGUUCAACUUGGACAUGGACGACCUCUUCAACAAGGUCGAGAAGCAACAUCAUCUGGUCGAGAAGUUCAAGGCGGCCAAGACGAGGGCACAGAACGCCUGGAACCACACCAACCCCGACCAAGACCUGUAG